AUAUAGAUAUAUAGAGAGAGAGGACUGGUUUCUUAGCUCAGACAUCAAGGAAUUUCAUGUCCUCCAGAUUCUUUUCUUUGUCCCCGAAAUAUCAUACACUUUCCGCAUAAUUACUCCAAAUCUCUUUUACUCCACUUCUCAUUGCAAAACCCUAACCCCCUCCUAUCCUCAAUAAUAAUCCAUUAUUAAUUCCCAUCCACCCAAACCGAAACUAUUUCUGUUGACAUUCAUUUACAACAACACGAUGAAACUCCGAUUUCUCUUUGAGUUUUUCCCAGACCCAUGCCUCAAAUCUCUCGUUUUGCUUAUUUUGGUUCAUACCAAUCUGUGUUUUUCUGAUACUCAAACGCUGCUCUUGUCUCUCAAAACCCAGAUUAUUUCUUCUGGCUACCUCCCAAGAUCCCCAGAUAAGCUUCGUUUUCACCAUAACGUUAGUCUCUCUGUUUCUCUUUCAGUCGGUUCUCCUCCACAGAAUGUCUCCAUGGUCAUUGACACUGGGAGUGAACUCUCAUGGCUUCGUUGUAACACCACUUCACCCACCGCAUUCGACCCGAUCCGUUCUUCGUCGUACUUACCCAUUUCUUGCUCCUCGCCCACCUGCACGACCCGGACCCGAGACUUCCCCAUCCCCGCUUCCUGCGAUUCCAACAAUCUCUGCCACGCCACUCUCUCCUACGCCGACUUCUCCUCCACAGAAGGCAACCUCGCUUCGGACACUUUCCGGGUCGGCACAUCCGAAGACCCGGGAAUUGUAUUCGGGUGCAUGAAUUCGAGCUACGACAGCAGCAACUCGGACAGAGAAUUUAACAUGACCGGGUUGUUGGGUCUGAACCGAGGGUCGCUCUCAUUCAUUUCGCAGCUAAAAUUUCCGAAAUUUUCUUACUGCAUAUCGGAUUCGGAUUCCUCAGGAGUCCUGCUAUUCGGGGAUACCAAUUUCUCAUGGCUCGCCCCGCUAAACUACACUCCCUUGGUCCAAAUUUCCACACCAUUACCCUACUUCGACCGGGCAGCUUACACUGUUCGGCUCCGGGGAAUCAAAGUAUCGGGAAAGCUCCUGCCCGUAUCAGAUUCUGUUUACAUUCCCGAUCACACCGGGGCAGGUCAAACCAUGAUUGACUCGGGCACCCAGUUCACAUUCUUGUUGGGUCCGGCUUACACAGCACUGCGGAGCGAGUUCUUGAAGCAAACAAACAACACAUUGAGGGUCGUGGAUGAUCCAAACUUCUCGUUCCAGCUAGCGAUGGAUCUCUGUUACCGGGUCCCGAUGAACCAAAGAGAAUUACCCGGACUGCCGUAUGUGAGUCUGGUUAUGGAGGGGGCGGAAAUGAUAAUUUCGGGCAAGCAGCUUCUGUAUCGGAUUCCGGGUCGGGUAAUGGGUGGUGAUUGGGUGUAUUGCUUCACGUUUGGGAAUUCGGAUCUGCUGGGGGUGGAGGCAUUCAUCAUUGGUCAUCAGCAGCAGCAGAAUCUGUGGAUGGAGUUCGAUGUGGAGAAGUCAAGGAUUGGCCUGGCCCAUCUAAGUUGCAGCUGGGCGGGACAGAGGCUGGGUUUGGGAAAGUAGGCCCACCAAUUGGUGGUCCCUACUUGGUUGGGUCCCACUAUCAGUUGUUGAGAGGUCAGAAUUUGUUGAAGAGCUUUUGAUGGAAAGGACUGUACGACAACGGAUUCUUCGAAAUUUGUGAGCCACAUUGUUGACGGGAUUGAAAUUGAAAUACAGCAGUGAGUUUAGUAGUUGAGUGAGUUUACUGCACAAAUUGGAGCUGUUUGACCUGCUUGUGUUUUGGCGGGGGUUGAAUUUGCUCAACUCUAAAUUGAUCUUUCACGUCACUUGAAUAAAUGCUCAUGCCUUCCACCUCUAA